AACAACCUGCUGUAUUUUGUCAAAAUCGUAUUAAAAGUAGAUUAUUUAUUUUAUAUUUUGUUUAAACUUCUACAGUUUUAGUCAGUUGCUGUAAAAAAUCACGUAGCAAGAUGGAUGAAAGUAAUACUAUAGGAUAUGCCCCACACCCGGAUUGCCUAAAAGAGGUAGUUGCGUGCCAAUGCGAAUUAGGUCGGGAGAAGCUCCUGACGGCUCCGCCUUACAAGCGUGUGUGCUCUCCCCCGGCUGACGACGCCACGUCCCGGUACUCCACGGCUCCGUGUGCCCGGGACCUCGAGCAGUACAAGUGCCCCAUCAGCCACAUCCUCGUCACGUUCAAGUCCCCCCUCCACCCCGACCAAGUGUUCAACAAAGUCUUCCCUGCGAAUACGCCAGUUAAAUUUGUCAAACGUAAACUAGCCAGACUGCUCUCCGUGUCAAACAACAACCUGCUCCUAACAAAAAACAGAACCAUAUUGAAGGACACUAGCCUCCUCUCCGACCUGAAGACUGAUGCCCUAGGCAACUUAAUCGUCGAUGUGUUCACUAAAGACUCCGAAGACUUCGCUCUAUCCUCUAUUCCGAAGGAGUCAUACGUCCAUGAACUUUUACACGCCGUCAUACCAAAGAAAAAGACAAUGCCUUUUAUAGCCAUUAAAUUUAGAGUACUCAAUCAAAACGAAACGUUCACUCGCUCUUACCAUUCUAUAAUGAAAGUCCACGAGAUAAAAAAGAAUUUGGCGGGAGUUUUCCUAACGGACCCUGAUAACUUGGUGAUGGUGAGAGGAGAUCACACGCUUAAAGAUCGGAUGGCUUUAUUGGAUUUGGAUUACAAUAAGUAUGGCAUUGUGGAAGUGGAAUUGAUGACGAAGAACAACGAAGUCCUGAACUUGGACAAGCUUUACAAAGAAAUAGCUGUGAAUGAUGUUUUAACAGUUACGGUGCCGUUCGGCCGUACAUGCAAACAAAUCAAUGUAGAAAUAUUUUCUGAACCAAUGAAAAAGCCUUAUCUUGGAGGAUAUAGAAAUGUUCACACAGGGACUGAGUACCAUCAUGCUUACACGCAGACACCACAGAAGCCCGAAAAACUACCCCCUGAAAAGAAAACGUGUAGAGACACCCAAACGGCUGAAGAGAAAGAAAAACUUUACGACACAUGCUACAGCCAAUCAACGCAGAUGGAGACAGUUCACGCGUAUAUUCCUAGCGUGACGGACAAGAUCGUGGUGCCGCAGCCCUACGAGACCUAUGAAGAGAUGAUCAUCCGCCUCAACCACAACCACUACGCCACCGUCAUCCAGCGAGCUCUCAGACACCACCAGUUUCGACAGAAAGUCGCUAGAUGGCUUGCGGAAUGCAGAGAACGAAUAGAAAGAAUGAAGGAAGAAGAACGUUUGGAGCGAGAGGCAAUGGAUCGACGCCUGCGCAAGGACCUCGUGACCAAAACAUAUCCCAGGACGCGUGAGGACUUCGAUCAGCUAUAUGCAAUGGUUGAUCGCUGGAAGCACGCAGAAAUUGCUAGGAUUUCCCAAUUACACGCCAAAGGUCCAAAAAUUGCAGAAUUCACAUUACUACUCGAUAAAGAAGUGGAACUACUUCGCUGUAUCGAAUCUUACAGAGUAAAGGUGAAAGAGGACAGCCAAAAGAUAAAAGAACAGAAGUUCCUAGAAGAAAUUUCCAAGCCGGUCGCUUGGUACGGAAGAGAUGGCAAAAUAGUGCAAAUGGAAACUAUUGAAAUACAGAAAGCAAAAAAACUGAAAGAGCUUUAUUAUACUUUUAUUCGUGAAGACUUGGAGGUAAAAGAACGCAUAGAGCUUCUGGUGGACAUGAAGUUCGCUUUGCAAGAGUUCCGACAUUAUUUGGCAGAGGAAAUAAUAACACUAUUGGAUAGAGAAUGUGACCUCCUCGUUCGCAGGUGCAACGACCAUCAGCUUGAGUUCCUCAGGCGCAGGACCGCCGCCAGCGUGCUCCAAUUUAUCAAGAAUUCCGAACUCAAUUCUGGCGUUACAAAAUGCAAAGACAUCAGGGACUACAGAAAAAUGGAGGACAGUCGACUUUACUUCUGCGAGCUAUGUCAUCAGGUGAAGCUGUAUACGGAAUUCCCUAUAAACGCCAGAAUGAGUGGUUUCUUUAUUUGCACGUCGUGUUCGUGGAAGGAUGUGACGGAACGCUUAUGGAUCGACAUGGCCCCGUAUAGAUUCAUACUCCGCGCGGUGCAGCGGGACGAACGACGUCGCAAGUGCUGGGGUUCUCUCGCCUUCGUUCUUCGGGACAGGGAUGUUUUCUUCAUAGUGGAGAAGCUGUGGCACGCUCACUCUGCGAUAAGCGAAUGCAACGACCUGACCGAGCUGAGACUGUGUCGCUGGCACGUACACGAAGAUUGGUCGCCUUGGAACUGUUUCCUGGUGACGGUGCAGGAGAUGAAAGCGCACUUGAAACUGGAAGUACCAGAAGACGUGUACGAUGAAGAGUUGGUGCAGAAGGUAGCGAAUAAGCACAAGCUGGCGAAGGCCAACUUCGAGCAACUGCUGGCCGUGAACAAGAACUACACGGAGACGGGCGAGUGGCAGGGCGUGCGUGCGCCCGCACUCGCCAGGGUAGACGGCGUCCCGCCUAUAUAAUGUGUUUUUAAAACGUUUUAAUUUUGUACAUUUACGGAAUCAUGGUUAGAAUUGUUAUAGCGUAUGCUUUUCCGUUGUUUGUUAGUUAUGUAAUAUUUAUUUCGGAUAUGUAGGCGGUAGGAUAGUUGCACAUUUGUGGCAGACCAAAAUAUUGAUAAUUCUGAUUUCUGUUUAGUUUAUAACUAACAAAAAAUGUUGAAGCUACUACCCUAAAUGUACAUACAUCAAGCGACGCAGUCAUCUGUUUUUUAAACAGAAUUUACAAAAAUCGAUCACUUAGAAUGGACUGGCAAAUGAUGCUUCUAGAGUCCACGCCACGAAACAAGUACCGCAGACGCGACGCUACAGUAGCUGAUAGUUAUUGAUAGUUCCAAAUCUUGCCGCAUUUUUUUGUCGAAUCGGCUCGACACUAUCAGGGACUAGUUUGGCGAACUUCGUGGAUUCGGCACACAUUGCUGGUUUUGCAUUGCGGUAAAUAAAAACACUCAUACACACUACGCAAUGUUCAUGCAUUCGCGAUGACAACUGCGAGUUUAAGAUGUAGAUACGAGUGUAGCCGGCAGAACUCUAUAAACGCUAGCAAUACACUGCCGGCAAAGUCAGUCCAAUGCGUACGCGUGUCAAUUUAUUGUAAAUUGACACGCGUACGCAUUGGACUGACAUAGUUUUUAGCCGCAUUGUUCAACAGAAUUUUCUAGCCGAUAGUGUAUUUCUAGAACUAGAUUUUCUGAACCUUAUAUGAGCUUGAAACUUAGUAUGCUAGUUGUGGUAACUCUAAACGCGUAAGUGAAGUUACACGUUGUUAUUAUUUAUGUAAUUACAUUGCCAGUCCUAGUAAAAGCACGCUUGUAAUCAUAUUUGACAGUUAUUGUUUCAAAAGACAACGUUUUGUUACGUAGAAAUAAAUCACUUUGAAAUAAAAUAUAUGCUGUAAUAUUUCCCUUUAGGUGUACUGAAUUGUGCAAACAUCCAAACAAAGAAAAAUAAAUAGCUUCAUAACAAGGCUA